UGUGGCGCCGGGCGCCGGGUCGCGGGCUGAAGCCAGCACCAAGAGGACGAAGAUUUUUGCCUGUGUUGUUCCUUGCUGUGUCCCCAGUGUCUAGAAAAGCACAUGGCGAUGUGGCUGGAGGUGGGGGGCCUCCUGCGGGGGACCUGUGGACAGCUGGGUCGGACUGUUGGUCUGCCUUGUGGGGCCCCGAGGCCUGGGCCCCACUGGUGGGGGCCAUGUGGGGGUUCUUGGGCCCAAAAGCUUCAUCAGGAUGGGCCAGGCAGAGGUCUGGGUGAGGAAGACAUUCGCCGGGCACGGGAGGCCCGGAUCAGGAAGACACCCCGGCCCCAGCUGAGUGAUCGCUCUCGAGAACGCAAGGUGCCCGCCUCCCGCAUCAGCCGCUUGGCCAACUUUGGGGGACUGGCUGUGGGCUUGGGACUUGGAGCGCUGGCUGAGGUGGCUAAGAAGUCCCUGCCAGGAGGACAUCGACAAUCAGAAGGCAGCUCCCAGCCAGGCUCCAGCCCUUUGCUGUCGGAGGCCAACGCCGAGCGGAUUGUGCAGACCUUGUGUACAGUUCGAGGGGCCGCCCUCAAGAUUGGCCAAAUGCUCAGCAUCCAGGACAACAGCUUCAUCAGCCCCCAGCUGCAGCGCAUCUUCGAGCGGGUCCGCCAGAGCGCCGACUUCAUGCCCCGCUGGCAGAUGCUGAGAGUUCUCGAGGAGGAGCUCGGCACAGACUGGCAGGCCAAGGUGGCCUCUUUGGAGGAGGUGCCCUUUGCCGCUGCGUCAAUCGGGCAGGUGCACCAGGGCCUGCUGAGGGACGGGACAGAGGUCGCCGUGAAGAUCCAGUACCCAGGUGUUGCCCAGAGCAUUCAGAGCGACAUGCAGAACCUGCUGGCGGUGCUCAAGAUGAGCGUGGCCCUGCCGGAGGGCCUGUUUGCUGAGCAGAGCCUGCAGGCCUUGCAGCAGGAGCUGGCUUGGGAGUGUGACUACCGUCGGGAAGCGGCUUGUGCCCAGAACUUCAGGCAGCUGUUGGCGGAUGACCCCUUCUUCCGGGUGCCGGCUGUGAUUAAGGAGCUGUGCACGACGCGGGUGCUGGGCAUGGAGCUGGCUGGAGGGGUGCCCCUGGACCAGUGCCAGGGCCUGAGCCAGGACAUCCGGAACCAGAUUUGCUUCCAGCUCCUGAGGCUGUGUCUGCGGGAGCUGUUUGAGUUCCGAUUCAUGCAGACGGACCCCAACUGGGCCAACUUCCUGUAUGAUGCCUCCAGCCACCAGGUGACCCUGCUGGACUUCGGUGCAAGCCGGGAAUUUGGAACUGAAUUCACAGAUCAUUACAUCGAGGUGGUGAUGGCUGCAGCCAACGGAGACCGAGACCAGGUCCUGCAGAAAUCCCGGGACCUCAGAUUCCUCACAGGCUUUGAAACCAAGGCAUUCUCUGACGCCCACGUGGAGGCGGUGAUGAUCCUGGGGGAGCCCUUCGCCACUCCCGGCCCCUACGACUUCGGGGCAGGUGACACUGCCCGCCGGGUGCAGGCUCUCAUCCCUGUGCUGCUGCGGCACCGGCUCCGCCCCCCGCCUGAGGAGACCUAUGCCCUGCACCGCAAGCUGGCAGGGGCUUUCCUAGCCUGUGCCCGCCUCCGCGCCCACAUCGCCUGCCGGGACCUCUUCCAGGACACCUACCACCGCUACUGGGCCAGUCGCCAGGCAUAGCCACUGCCCGCAGCCUCCUGACCAGAGCGAUGUCUGGUCAGACCCCUCAGAGAGACUCCAUCCUGUGAUUCCGGCCCCAGAGCGGGCCAUCCCCUGGUCUGAUGCCUCCUUCCCACUCUGCUCCAGGUCUGGGGACCCCCUCCAACUUGGGCAUCCCCAUUUUGCCUAGCUCCCUUCCCUGGGGGCUGAGGAACCCUGGGGCUAGGGAACUCCCUUUCACGCCCCCAUCUUCUGCCCUCUUCACUCCAAAGUGGGCACCCAGGAACCCUACACCAGGGAUUAAUUUAUUUCUGCCAACCUUCGAGAGAGCCUUAACCCCUGCAGCCAUCAUGGAGAUCCAGACUCAUCUAGAGGGGAAGCCCCUCCCCUCUGCCUCAGGUCUCCCGCGGACCUGGCCAGUGAAAGGGGCGGGGGGUGGGCGGAGGCAGCCUCACCUUUGCCUCCCUCGCCCCUCCGCCAGCUGCCUUCUCCCCGGUCCAUCUUUUCUGUGUUGGGGAGGGGGAAGGCGGGUGUUUCAACCUUCAGUCCGAAUAAAAGCGGCCCUCCCCUUC